AUGCCACCUCAAAAUCCGUUAACCCAAACAACUGAAUGUGCUGGCUGUGGAGCAACUGACUUCAACAACCGAUUCUGGGUGCCGCAAAGUGUCCCCGGUGUAGCACUCUGUGAGACUUGUCAGUUCCAGCAACAGCAUUUGCAGGUUCCUUCAAACCAAAUUGAUCAAUACGAAAGGUGGGAGAACCAAGUUUUCCAAAAUAAUCAUGGAGGAUUGAAUGCAUCACAUCUACCGCGAAUGAGUCAAGUUCAGAGGGAUAUGCGGAAGUCUGCAGAAUGUUGGUGUCAAGAUCGACCGACGAUAAACACAGGAGAUGGUCCUCAUGAGACCAUAACUCCUCCGUUUCUUCUCUGGCCUGUUCCGAAUAAACCACUGAAGCAAGAUCUUAGCGCUUGGGAGUUGGUAAGUAUAAUUCACUUAGUAGCCCUAAAGUAG